AAGUAAAAUAAAAGAGGAGAGAACAGGGAGGACGAAGCAGGGGGGGCACACAGAGCGAGGACCACGGCAGAGAUUAAGCGCGAGGAGCCGAGCGCUAGGGCGAGGAGGGGCCGGUGGCUGGAAUCGACGCUGACUUACAUCGGGGGCGCCGACCUGCAAUCAAGGUUCAUGGUUUUCAUGGAGGAGAGCCAGCUCUCGAGCAAGCGGUGGGCCAGCGCGCCCCGCCGCUCGGACAGCCCCUGCAUCCUGGGGGCUCCAACGUCUAGAGAGGCGGCAGGGCCGCCGGUGCAACUCGAGCCAGUGGACCUGUCGGUGAAGACGCCCGUGGUGCUGCAGGUGCCGCGCUAUAAUCCGGCAGCGCUGAUAGCGGUCGCCGCGGCGGCAGCGGCGCGCAAACCAUCCUCCCCUGCCUCCACGGCGACGCCCACGACGACGAGCACGAGGACGACACCGCCGACGCAGCCGCUCCCGCCCUCCAUCUGCGUGUCCACAGGUUAG